GAUUCACUUAGUGAUUGGCUAUUGUUCCGCUGCCCUCUCAGAUUCCAUUAUAUGAAUAUAAACGGCCGUCAUCCGAGCCACUUACACGAUAGUUUUCAAGUUUUGUGUUGUUUAAAUGAUAGCUACACUGAUGCUAAAGGCUUUCCCCCUACUUCCCCGCCUCUUCGCUUUCCCUGUUCGAAGGUUUUAUUGUUUUUGCUAGUUGCUAGUGCUUUUCUAAAGAAUGCCAUUAUAAAUUUGGGAGAGCGUUCUUUGAGCAAGAUUUGUAUUAGCAAAAUGAGCUCUCCAAAGCAGCCACUUUGUCCAAAAUUCAUAUCUCUGGAAAAUGAAGAAAAUAAUAUAAGAGUUAACUCUGAUGGUUUCAGAUUCCGUGUUGUCUCAUAUAACAUUUUGGCUCAGGUUUAUGUGAAGAGCUCUUUCUUUCCACACACUCCAUCACCUUGCCUCAAUCUAACUAGUCUCUUAUUCAGUGCAGAACUGGUCUUAGAGGAGAAAAUAGAAUACAAUGAUCUUGUGGACUUGGUUAAAAAUGAAACUACAGUGACUGUUAACAAAACAUCUGAUGCAAUAGUUGGCGGGAAUGAAGAGGUUGCCCCCCAUGCUGAAGGGUCACCACCAAAGAAUGGACCGAGCGACACUGUAGAUCCUAAUGAUCCUCGUGUAAGACUGAAACGUGAUUGUGUUGGGUUGAUGGCAGCAUUUAAACUCAGGAAUCCUUCUAGCCAUCUCGUCAUUGUGGCAAACACGCAUAUUUACUGGGAUCCAGAAUGGAUUGAUGUCAAGCUUGCACAAGCUAAAUAUCUUCUAUUUCGCUUGGCUCAGUUUAAGAAAAUGGUUUCAAAUAAAUUUGAUUGCACACCUUCGGUGAUUCUGUGUGGCGACUUCAAUUCUACCCCUGGCGAUAUGGUCUACCAGUUCCUUAUUUCUGGGAACUCAUCGGCCAUGCCAGUCUCAGAACAUUCUGAAGAUGCACCAAUUCCCUUAUCUAGUGUCUAUGCAUUUAUUGGAGGAGAACCACCGUUCACAAAUUGCACUCCUGAUUUCACAAAUACUCUUGACUACAUAUUCUUUUCCCCUACAGAGGGCCUGAGGCCAGUCAGCUUCCUUGAACUUCCAGGACCAGAAUCUAGUGAUGUGAUUGGUGGAUUGCCGAAUUAUGACCAUCCAAGCGAUCAUUUACCCAUUGGCACUGAUUUUGAAAUUAUUAGGACUUGAAACAGACAACAAUUACUCACUUGCAAUCAGUUUAGAUAUGAUCCAAUUUUAAACGAAGCGUGGAACAGGUUUUAUCCUUUUCCAGGUGAUCUCCUUAGAUUGGCAAUUUCAAUUUCUGUAUAAUUGAUUUGUUAAACUUUACUGAUCGGUAAAAGCAUCGUGAGUGUUGUGUUGCUUUACUAAUUGGCCGAGAAGGAUGGAAAUUUAUUUGUUUAUUUAUAUUUAUUUUGAUGGGCAA